AUGAGACGCGCGCGGAGUGUAACUGGGCCCUUGCGGCGUGCCCACCCCGCCUCGGGGGCCACUUGGAAUGUCCAGGUGGUUCGGGGUAAAAUGAGUUCCAAAUGCUUGUGGCAUGCAUGUCGUGCACUUUCAGCUGGCUUACUACUUAUGCUACUUGGUGGUGCCAUGGCAGUCAUAGGGUACUACGCCGACACAUUGUCAGUAGCACAAGAGAUACGUGGUAAUGCAACGAUAUCAGUGAAAGAUGAGGCUCGCGGAUUUCAUCUGAACAACCUCUCUUAUGCCGGACCUAUUGUAAUGGGAUUUGGAGGUUUCAUAGUAGUAGCAGCCUGCGUAAUGACAUUUGAAGCUAGAGACAGUGCUGCGAAAGUUACACCUGCUAGGCCGCAGACAUUACCACGACCAUUACCACGAAGGGGACCUUGUACCCCCGCCCGUCUAGACCAACUCGGUGUAUACAGAAUACCCCACGUUUUGCCCCUACCAGCUUUGCCCUUGCAACAAACACAUAGAAUACGACCACCUCAUACUCGGCCAAGAUGUGGUGAGAGAGCUAAAGAAAAAGCCCGCUUCGGUUCAGCUCCAGACUUGCGUAGCGCUAGUUGUAGAGCUACGCUUCCGGUUACAGCAUUACGAAGGCCGCUACGGCGCUACGCGCUUUCCGUUGACGAGCCGUCGCGCUCGGCCGUCAGUGCCAGUGCAGCGGAAUCUGAAUGUGGAUCACAGUCCUCAUUAGCACUAGAUCUUCAUGGUAGCGGAGCAUGCGCUGGCGUCACUUUACGAGUAAAAGAUAAUACACGAAGACGCCCCCUAGCGAGGCAGCAGCGGCUUGUUGAAGACAUUUCACAUCCGGUAUCAAAUGAGCGAAUGAAUACGAUAAACGGUAUAGAAGAAUCUCCUCCAAGAGGUGAAAAUGGAACUCCUGACACGGUAGAAAUGGUUCACUUAUCAAUAGACCGUGAAAUCCGAGCGAGUAGCGCUCCCCCUCUCUCCCCACAUUCCCUCAGGUCCUCUCUACAGACUGAAACAUGCAUAUUAACUGUGGAAAAUGAAAAUUUGGAAGAAGUUAGAAAAUUAGAAGACAAUUGA